UUUUCCCUUUUGAUAUAAAGAAGUAUAAUUUACUAAAACUUUUUCAGACAUUCUGCAAAUUAAAUAUACGACUAACGUAACUAUAUCAAACGUAUUCGUGGUUAAUGAAACAAAAACUUACAUAUUAGUUGUUUAUUUUUCCAAGCUCGUGUACAUUUAUUGACCGUUUGAGAGUACUUUCAGAGAUGGCUGGCAAAUUUUAUUUUAUCGUGGCACUAAUCUGCAUAGUGCCUAUAAUAUACGCGUGUAACGAAGCCAUAUGCGCUAGUGUAGUGUCCAAGUGUAUGCUUACUCAGUCAUGUAAAUGUGAUUUGAAAGAUUGCUCCUGCUGCAAGGAUUGCUUCAACUGUCUCAGCUACCUAUACAGCGAAUGCUGUAGUUGUGUUGACAUGUGUCCAAAACCAAACGACACACGAACAGAGUUAUCCAAAACGUCAUAUGUCGAAGAACUUGAUGAUGGAGUGCCUGGGCUGUUCUCGGCUCUAACUAUUGAUCCUGACCCUCAAGAGAGAUGGCUGUCUAUAACGUUUCCUACGGAUAUUGAUAUAUCUGCAGUAAGACUGGCUGCAGAGAACAAACUGGUCUAUCAUUUACAGAGCGUGGAACAAGAAUCUAUACCGGAAAGCCGCAACGUGGUAACAAUUAACUGCACGGUCGCAUACAUGUCGCAGUGCAUGUCGUGCGACAAAUGCCGCUAUUCGUGCCGCUCCAUGGGCGCUACCAGCUUACGAUGGUUCCACGAUGGUUGCUGCGAAUGUAUAGGUGACAAAUGCCUGUUAUAUGGAAUCAAUGAGAACAAAUGCCUGGCGUGUCCUGGUAACGGUAAGAGUAUUGUAGAGAACGACCUGGACGAUGACCUCACAUACGAAGAUCUGGAUUAUGGAGAAGAUGUCGACACACAGUCCAUCUAAACAUAUUUGCGAUUUACGCAUAUCUGCUUUAAGUUCAUUUUUUUUAUUUUGUAAUUUGAAGAAUCUCGUAAUGUGCCAGGGUGGCAAUUAUAUCUUGACCCUUGCUGACCUGUACUGUUGUGGAUCGAAUCCAUCAUUUCAAAGUGCCAGAGUAACCUGUCCGCCUUGGAAUUUACUAAUUUAUGACUUGAUCAAUUACGGAAUGUAUAGGUUUGCAAAAUAGUGAAGAAAACUCUUGAAGAUCUACGACACUACUAUUUAAAACAAUAAAAAAAGAAGUUAUAAUUUAUAUUGUUAUAUAAUUUUUAAUUGAUAGCAAUAUUUUUUUGUAAAAACAAUACGAGUCCUCCAUACUUACUUGACAAUGGUGUAGAUUUAUUCUCGCACACAUAUUUAAAUCUAUUUAUGCGUAAUUUGUUUAAUUUAAGAAAAGCGUGAUCCCCUUUUGCAUUACAAUUGUCAUGCCAUUUAGAACAAAAUGAUAAUUAAUGGACUGGCAACGCAAACAGAAUUUCAGAUGGCGCUGCGUACGCUAGUUCCACACUUUAUAGAGGGUUUGCGCAUUACGUCCGACUCUUAUCUGGGGGUCUACUCUCGAUCUCUGUCCGAUACAAUAGGUCCGAGUUUUCUAGAUUUGUAUACUCUCGCAUUCGUAACGAAUACGAUUCGGGUGCAGCGCGCAAACGCGCUAACUUGGAACUUUCGUAGUGCCAUUUUGUCGGAUAUCAUACUCAUUAAUGAUUAGUUGAUUAAGGAGUAUGGCGCUCCUAUUUGCACCGAGUCUAAACUUGACCUUAAGCGUGACUUUGGGAAUGCAAUGGUGUCCUGGACACCUGCAAGGAAAACGUUUAUAUGAAAUAAUUUAAGUAUUCGUAUUUUUAAGGAAUUUUUAAUUAUACAAGCACGAUAUGUUAUGUUUAUAAACCCAGUCUGUAUUAUUAAAUUUAUAUUUGUACUGAUUAUAGUCCCACAUACUUAGAAAAUACUAGCAUAAAAAGUCUUUACUGCGAAAUUGAAACCGAUUCCAUUAUACCUAAGGCCUUGUUUUUAGCAAAAAAACCGUGAAAUUUCUAUUCCGUCUCAGGAGAGUUUGCGUUCCGAAUAACUAAUAUAGUAGAGAACGUGACAAUUUUGAUUAGAUUUCGCAUAAUUGUCAUUCGUUCGAAAUUUAUUGCUACAUUUCUGUGUCAUACACAUUAACCUAUCGAUGGAAAUCGGUUUCAUAUCUCGCCGCUGUCUCGACUAACUGUGGUAAAUUGGGGUAAAUUUUUCAUGGAAAUGUAUUUACGCUGAAUUUAUAAAUAAAGGGUUAUUUGUAAAAUACUAACAACCUCUCAGGACCAUCAUCACAACAAUUUUUGUUUCAUGACUUAAUAAUUCAUCAGAUUUUACUUUCGCACAAAAAUAAUGUUUAAAUGGAUCACUCUAGACAGUGAUGAGUGAUAACUCUGUGUGGUAACAAAAGAAAGCGUUAGCAUAAACAUCGGUCCGAUGCAAAACGCAGGAACUGGGGGACGACUCCCUUUCUCUCCGUCCAACAUCCGUCCGUAAUAACAACUGUCAAUUAUUUUUUUAAUAAUCAUGUAUCGAUAUAUAUAUAUAUGUAAGUCGUACGCCUGGAGGUAAGCGAUUCAG